GGAUUAUAUAAAUUUAAAUUAGCGAUCAAGAAUAUAAUCAAGAGAAAGAAAGAAAGAAAGAAAAAAAAAAAAUGGGGAGAAUUGAUUACUUAGCGAUGAAAACCGAUCAAGAAACGGCGGCGUUGCUCGAUUCCGACUUCAACGAGCUGAAAAUCGCCGCCAAGAAACUUAUCAGCCACGCCACCAAAUUCGGCGCAGCCGCCGUCGGCACCAGCUUCCUCAAAUGGGUCGCCUCCUUCGCUGCCAUCUACCUGUUGAUCUUGGAUCGGACAAACUGGAGAACAAACAUGCUGACGUCACUUCUGGUUCCUUAUAUUUUCUUCAGUCUGCCCUCAGUUCUCUUCAGCUUUCUUAGGGGAGAAGUUGGUAAAUGGAUUGCAUUCAUAGCAGUAGUACUAAGGCUGUUCUUCCCCCGACACUUCCCGGAUUGGCUGGAGAUGCCGGGAUCGUUGAUUCUACUACUGGUAGUUUCGCCGGAUUUCUUUGCGACUACGAUGAGAGAGCACUGGAUCGGAGUGGCGAUAUGUCUUGCAAUAGGCUGUUACCUAAUGCAAGAGCAUAUCCGAGCUUCCGGAGGGUUCCGGAACUCGUUCACACAGAGCCACGGAAUAUCGAACACGUUGGGAAUUAUUCUCUUGAUUGUUUUCCCGAUCUGGGCUUUGCUCACACGAGUUGUUUGAUGCACGUCUUCUUCGUGCAUACCUACACGAAGUUGAAUAUUCGGUUGGUGGGAAUUCUUUGCAUUGACUCUGUAUUUUUUUCCUUUUUGUAUAAGCUGUUGGAAUUAUUUAAGCUCAAGUUUGUGUGUGCACAUCAUUAAUAAUCGAGAUAAUCGCCGUCCAUUUGUUUUCGUCGCUUUCAUAGUUCAUGAAAUUCGAAAAAUGUAACAAUUUGCGAUAUUAAAAAGAAGAGAAUUUAUUAAA